UACAGAGGGAGGAACCAAAUUUGAAGGUUUGAAUUUGUUGUUCAUCCAUAUUUUGCAAGAAAAUCUCAAACUCUGCAACAUCUUUUUCCGAUCCUAUCAUUGAGGUGACGCUCCUUCUUCCUCCAAGCAGAGGAAUUCUUCGGUAUCUUUAUGACUACCUCAUCAUCAACCUCUGCCGUUGCAAAUGUUGGACCCUCUGCUCCCUCUUCCAAGAAUCCCAAAAAACCUAAAUAUUCUAAAUUUUCACAGCAAGAACUUCCUGCAUGGCAACCAAUUUUAACACCGUCAUGGGUCAUUAUACAAUUUACAGUUAUUGCAGUCAUCUUCAUUCCACUUGGUCUUGCCUCAUUAUUCGCAUCAGAGCGUGUGGUGGAAAUAAGCUACAGAUAUGAUCAGGAAUGCAUUCCUCAUAAAUAUAGCGGUGAUGCAGUAGCCUUUGUUCAAAGCACUGAAACAAAGAAGACUUGCAUCAGGAAAUGGAUUGUCACAAAAAAAAUGAAAGCUCCAGUAUAUGUCUAUUAUCAGCUUGACAAUUUCUACCAGAAUCAUCGAAGAUUUGUUAAAAGUAGAGAUGACAAACAACUACGGAGUAAGGCAGAUGAGAAGGGAUCGUCCUCUUGUGAACCUGAACUGAAUCAUGAUGGAAAACCAAUUGUUCCCUGUGGCCUCAUUGCAUGGAGUUUGUUCAAUGACACAUUCAGCCUUUCAGCAAACAACAAGACUUUACUGAUCAACAAACAGAAUAUAGCAUGGAAGAGUGACAAGACCACAAGAUUUGGUUCUGAUGUAUAUCCAAAGAACUUUCAGCAGGGAAGCUUGAUUGGUGGAGCGAAACUCAAUGAGAGCAUACCUCUGAGCGAACAAGAGGAUCUCAUUGUUUGGAUGCGAACAGCACCAUUGUCUUCUUUCAGAAAACUAUACGGGAGGAUUGAGGCUAACCUUGAAGUUAAUGAUGAGUUAGACAUAGUUAUUGAGAACAACUAUAAUACGUACAGUUUUGGUGGAAAAAAGAAUCUGGUUCUUUCUACAACAACUUGGAUUGGUGGGAGAAAUGAUUUUGUGGGGAUGGCAUGUCUUGCCAUUGGUGGACUGUCCUUGGUGUUUGAGUUAGUGUUCAUAAUUAUGCAUGUGAUGAAGCCAAGGCCUCUUGGGGAUCCAUCUUACUUGACUUGGAACAAAAAUGCAGAUAAAGAACAUGUGAGAUAAUUUGAAUAUUUUCAUCUUCACAAAGUUCUAUAUUCUUAUAUAUAUAUAUAUAUAUAUAUGGGUGUGUGCAAGUUCUUGAUUCACAGAAGGUCUGUUUUCGGUGAAGUAUAAAACUUCAUAAUUCUCUUCAUUGACAUAUUUUAAAAUAUUUGUGAAAUAUAUGGAGUUGGACUGCUCAUUUUUGGAGGUGACCUUCCUGAGUAGUUUGGAGGAGGUCUUAAGUCGUUCCGUUUAGAUAAAAAGAUAAUUAAUUAUGUAAUACUCUUCUCAAAU